ACCGGAAUUUUUAACUAACCUGACAAACGGGAGGUUAAUAUGGGUGCCGGUUCGAGCACCGAGGCCGAGAGGGAGCCGCUUCUUGUUCCUUCUCAUGUGGAGACGAACAGUAAUCCGGUAAACAGCAGAGUGUAUGGGAGAAGAUGGCUGGUUCUGACCCUGUUUUCCCUGCUGGCACUGAUGCAGGGAAUGGUGUGGAACUUCUGGGGUCCCAUACAGAACUCAGCCGCUCACGCUUACGGCUUUACCAAGUCUGACAUCGCGAUUUUGGUGCUGUGGGGCCCGGUUGGCUUCGUCCCUUGGUUGCUGUUUAUGUGGUUAAUGGAUAAAAAAGGUUUGCGAUUAUCCCUGCUCGUCUCUACCCUCUUCAUGGUGCUAGGAGCAGCUCUAAGAAGUAUCCCACUGACAGGCCAGCCUUUGAGACGAUGGUUGAUACAUGGAGGUCAGUUGCUUAAUGGUUUAGCCGGCCCCACCAUGAUGAGUGCCGGCCCCUAUCUGUCCACCACAUGGUUUCCCCCUGAUCAGAGAGCCACAGCAACAGCCGUGGCCUCACUCUUCGCCUACCUUGGAAGCGCCGCUUCAUUCAUAGUGGGACCUCUGAUAGUUCCAGCUCCCAAUGACACCCAGGCACUAACCACGAUCUCGGCAGCAGUUUCCGACAUCUUCAUCCGGGACAGGAUCCAGCUAGUAAUGUAUGCAGAGUUGGCUGCUAUUGCUGUGCUUUUUGGAGCAGUCCUGCUCUAUUUCCCUGCACGCCCACCAAUCCCUCCCAGCGUGGCCGCUGCAAGCCAGAGACUCAGUUACAGGAGCAGCAUCUGCAGACUUCUUAGCAAUCUGCGGUUCCUGAUGAUAGCACUGGCCUAUGCAGUCCCCACAGGAGUGCUUGCUGGCUGGUCGGGCGUCCUCGACAUGGUUCUUACACCAGCCAAAGUCAGCCAGGUGGAUGCAGGCUGGAUUGGUUUCUGGUCGACCGUUGGCGGAUGUGUGUUCGGAGUGGCAAUGGCCCGAUUUGCAGACUCUAUCCGCGGGAUGCUGAAGUUGAUCCUGGUGCUGAUGCUGGCAGGAGCCUCACUGGCCUCUACGUGGUUCACACUCACCUGUCUGACCAGCUAUACCCACCUCCCCUCCACUUCAGCAAUCCUGUACACUUCCUGCAUCCUGGUUGGCAUUUUUAUUAACAGCAGUGUUCCAAUAUUCUUGGAGCUGUUCAUUGAGACGGUGUACCCGGUCCCUGAAGGCAUCACCUGUGGAGUCGUCACUUUCCUGGGUAACCUCGUCACGGGGCUGCUCCUCUUCUUCCUCACCUUUUACUGUAAAGAUGUGUCGUGGCUGAACUGGUGUCUAACCGGCUCCUGUCUCUUUAGCCUCGUCCUCAUCCUCUUCUUCAGGGAGUCCUACGAUCGCCUCUACCUGGACGUCUUUGUCUCUGUGUGACACUAUGAGGAUGCAAAUGUGCAACUGAAUAAUAAAGGACUAAAUGAUAACUCUUGCACAACGAAGAUGAGAAAAGGGAGAUGAAGGGCAAGUGAACCACCUGCGCUCUUUUAACAUGUAAUGUUUUAGGAAUAAGCGUGAUCUCAAUGUUUACUCUUUAUAGGUGAUCGACUCAACGCCAUACGACUAUUUAACUCGUUAUUACCUCCUUUUGUCUCAGUGUUUGUAUGUAAACAAGCUUUUGUGACGGCUUGAGUUUUCUUUACCGGGUACAGCAUGACAGACGGUUGUUUAUUAACUGAUGAUGUAACAUUUAAAGCUGUAAUCAGUGUGCCCCCCUCUUCCCGCCUUCCCGCCAUGCGGCUGUUUGCAUCCCUCCUCCUGAUCAUCAUCCCUGCAGAAACUGGACACACUCAAAUCUUACAAGCUGCACAUCACACUUACUCCAGAUCGGCAUCAGAGGUGUGCCCCUAACGAGGGUGGAAGGGAAACUGUUUCCUCAGCCAAUCAGCAGGCCUGGCUGUACUGGAUCUCCUGGUGUUGUUGGCUGUUACAGAUGUGCUCGUGGUGAGUUUACCUGUAAUAUUGCCUGUCAGUGAGAGGCGGGAACUCGCACCCUGUUUUAUCAGCCUCUCGAGACGAAUCUCAUGGAAAAAUCUCCCAGAUUCUGAGACAUGGGCCGGGAUCAGACACACCUGGAGUCUUCUACCAAUCUGCUGCACAUGUGGAAGAAAUAAAAUGCUCUGUGUUCUGCCUGUUUAUAGAUAACUGUAUCAAUUUCUGGGAGGUUUGCUUUUUAAUUUAACAUUCGUUUGGGGGGUUUUUUUGUUUUGUUUUUUGACCGUUUUAUUCAUUUGUUUCCUUCAGAAAUCUGCCAGUAUUUACUGGAAACAUCUCAACACUAACAAAGCUAAAGAGUUAAAGAAGAAAAAUCAUAACAGGAUGAAAAUUUCAACCUCUGCUGAGAUGCACAAAGAUGAGACAGAUUGUUUUAUUAUACAGACUGGAAGAUUACGCAACAUUUGAAUUGCCAAGCUGCUGCUCCUCCAAAGCACCAGCAGGUGUUUUGCACCAACUGAGAGCCUACUGACAAAGAAACCUUCGGGGGGAAGAAAAGGAAAAAGUUUUGUGGGUUUUUUUUUUAUAUAUAUAAUUGUUUCUUUAACUGAGAGAACUGGAGUUGUGAAAAACACCAGCUUCAUAACCAUAAAGAAACAUCACUGAAAAUGAAAAACAUCUGUCACUUACAUUUCUAACUUGUUCAUGUUUGUGUCUUUGCCUUGCACAUCACUUAUGACAGAAGUGUUUGUGUUUUCCUUUAGGUCCUCUAAACGGUUUCCUGGUGCUUUUUCGUCUUUUGCUUUCUUUCACACAUUUUUUUUUCUUUUUUCUUUUUUUUCUUGUACGGGGGGGGAAAAAAAAAAGGACGUGUUGCCUUAAUUGCCCAGUGCAGUGCGUUCAGCCUCCCUCUCCUCUACACUGUGACUAUUUUAUGUGUAAAUUUUGUAAAAGGUCAUGUGGUUCUGUUUUGUGGCACACGCUCUGGUCACACUGUGGUGUCCCGGGUUUUGGUGAUAAAUGUUCUGUGGAAAAGAACAAAUAUGACUGUCAAAUAUUUCCAGCACCUUAUUAAAGAGCAUUUUACAAAUAAUA